GCGCGACAAGCGACCAGCGACACCCAGCGUCCGCUACUCCCCUCCCUCUCUUCCCCCCACCACCAUGGCCCGCCGUCUGACAAAAGAGCUCGCUGAGUUUGAGAAGAACUCGCCCGAGUGGUGCACUGUCAGCGCCGUGGACGACGACCUCAUGCACUGGAACGCCAUGCUCGCAGGCCCCGAGGACUCGCCGUACUCCGGAGGCGUCUUCAACUUGGACCUGCAGUUCCCCAGCGAGUAUCCGUUCAAGGCGCCCAAGGUGCGCUUCCUCACGCGCGUGUACCACCCCAACGUCAAGUCGCAGUCUGGCGAGAUCUGCGCUGAUAUUAUCAACGAGAACUGGGGUCCGACGCUCAACGUGCUGCACUGCCUGACGGCCAUCAAGCAGAUCCUGGAGCAGCCCGACAUGGACAACCCGCUGGAGCCCGAGAUCGCCAAGCAGAUGCACGAGAACAAGGCGGACUUCGAGAAGACGGCCCAGGAGUGGACCAAGCAGUACGCGUCCUAACGUAACAACUCGAUAGACCAACAGCAAAAACAACAAAACGCAGUCAUUCCCUACGCAAUACGCAGCUAAACACAGCGCGAGCGCAGGAGAUCAACUAACGGUAACGGUAGCAGCAACUAUACCAUCAUCCUUAACGCGAAAGUUAUCAUGUUCAACUUG